UUUACCAACAGGAAACAUCUGUCAGCAUGACUUUUGUUAGUGUAAGAACCCCAAUAAAGUCACUACUUUAAACUACGAUUACAUUAACUAGGUAACAUGACAGUAGUUUGACUUAACGAAAAUGAGUGAGUGAUUACAGAAGGUACAUAUCACAAGAAUAACGAGACAAGCAUGUUGGUUUUCCGGUUUUACAUAGUCUGUUCAGGCUUUAUAUUUAUGAAGCUUAUGUAAAGGAUUUCUUGAAUAAAAAUCUCAAGGCUGUGUUAACUAAACAAACCGAUGCGUCACUCCCUUCUGGUCAAAACCCCUCACAUUUGUGAACAUACUCAGCUGAAAGGGAUGGGCUGGGCUUAGUCUCUCGCAGUGAGACUUCCCACAUGUGCUGCAUUCUUUGUGGAGCACUUUAGAGCCUCUGGCACAUCUGGAGCAGCUUAACUUUAAAUAGACUGGGAAGUUGUUGACUGCUUACGAAUGAGUUUUCGUCCUUUCACGUACACACACGAUUCAGGUCUGCUGAACUGACAAACCCAUCUGGCGAUGAAGUUUAUUGGCAAGUUGUAAAGUUUAAAUGUUUGCAUCUUUGAGCGUGUAUAGGUCUGUGUUAAGGGGUUGGCUGACCACUCUGGACAGCCCCUUCCUGAGAACACUGCUGUUCACAGACAGGAAGUCAAGACCAAGAGAAGGACCAUAGAGAAAGAGAGAACUUUUCUAUUAGAUUUAUUUUCCAUAAGGUGAAGAGAAAGAUAGCUCUGUUUAAAGAAAAAAAAGACGAAAGUACCAGGCGAAGAUGGACGAGCUCAGGGUGCCUGUAUGAUAAGUAACGGGAAACACAACGAAGCAAGAGCUCAGACGGGAAGGGGGGAAAGGUUGUGGUCUAAAACACAACGAUGAAGAAAACAGUUGUUGCAACUAAGGCAUCUAGUGGGUUGCUUCUCAAAUCCUUCUAAAUCUCUCAGAGAUCCCUUAUUUCAUUUUCAGCAUUUUCUCCUUAUUCUUAAAUAUGCAAUAUGUCCUCGGCUACUGCCACAUCUGUCAUCCCCCAAUCUACGACCCCAUCUUGUUCGCUUUCCGACUGUUCAUCCUCACCAACAUCUACAACGCCGGUCCAGUUGGUUGACAUUUCAGUUAAACCAACUCCACUAAAUCCCCCAAAGUCCACUUCCCCUCCUCUGCCACUCUCGCCUCCUUUCUCAACUCGAAAACCCCAAAGUUCUGUGCCACCUCUCAAUUCCAAACCUUCUGUCCCUCCUCAUCACAAAACAAAGGUGGCUAAGCCCACAUGUCCACCUCUCCCAGCACAUCAGCCUUCAGCAACCCCCAAAACUUCCUCUACAGCCAUGUCCAAAGCCCCUCCUCGGCCAAGCUCUAAACCCUUAUCACCACCUCUUCAGAGACCCCCACCACCACUCACUUCAAAAACUCCCGUUGUACCAUCCCCACCUGUUCAAACCCAGAAAUCAUCCCAGCCCAGUAUUAGCAUUUUGGAGAAGCUGAUCAAGACAUGUCCAGUGUGGCUACAGCUGGGAAUGACCAAAGAAAGAGCUACUAAUAUACUCAACAAAGAGCUCCCUGGGAUCUUUUUAGUGAGGAGGGACCGUGGCCAGUCGAUGAUGGUGGUGUCGGUUCGCCUUCCAGACCAGCAGGGACUUCCCCAGAUCCAGGACUUGCAUGUGAAAGAAGAAAGGGCCAUACUGUAUCUUGAAGGCUCAGUCCUGGUCUUUGACAACAUAUUUAAACUAAUUGCAUUCUACUGUGUUAGCCGGGACAUCCUCCCUUUUACCCUGAAAUUACCUCAGGCCAUCAUCCAGGCAAUGAAAUAUGAAGACAUGGAGGUGAUUUCCACACUAGGAGUAGAAUUCUGGGGCUCAGAACUCAAUAGUCACAUUCGGGAAGAUUUGAGUAAAUCUGCAGACCACAGUGUCUCCAGAGAGAUUAAGCUUUCCUCUGGAAAUGACCAUCUUUGGUACAUCAACCCCAUUUUCAUUGAGGAAUACUAUAACAGUCUGCCUCCCAACUUUACACCUUUCCUGAGGUCCCAAAGCCUCAACAUGCCUGUUCAGGCACUGCCAAAAUUCAGGAGGCCCCCACCACUACCUCCACGUCCACUUACCAUUUCUGAAGAUGCACUGACUCAAGUGUCCACCAAGGCAGCGAGAGAGAAGGUUACAUCAGAGGAGUCUUCACUUCUCUUGCGAAGUUCUCCUCCGCUCAGAGUGCUAAAAGAGGAAGGAAGUCAUUGUGGGUAUAAAAAGUCAGAGGGAACUGUAGUACCCAGCGUUGAGGUAGAAACAGGGAACAAACAAGAUGUGGCACAACCAUCUCUAAGUGAAGCACCAAAACAGGGUAGCAUUGCCCUUUCACACAAGAUUCCCCCAGUUCCACUCCGACGCCGGAUAUCCUCAGGAGAAGUCGUCCAGCCGGAACCUUUAAAGGAAACUAACUGUGCAUCUCUGGCAGCAGAGACCAAUGAAGAUCCUGGUGCUGCUGUUUCACUCAUUUGUUUUGAUGACAGUAGCCUGAACCAGUGGGCAUGUGGACAGUCUAAACCAACACAAGAGGGAGAUCUGGGUGAUCAGUUGAAAAUUUCAAAUGGAGAUUCCACUGUGAAUAUGCUUCCAGUAAUUGACACAAAGAAGCCUGGUGUUCCAGUGCCACCUCCCAGGAGAAAACGUACAUUACAGACCACGACUACAAUUUCCCAAGAUGUCAGUAAUACCUCAGAGUUUGUUACCCAAGAAUUUGGCCACUUCACUCCACAGCCCACUACAACGCUCCAGAACAUUUGUGUCAAUGCAGACCUUCCCAAAGUUACAGAUGUGUCAUUAUUUGCCCCUGAAGGAGGUGCUCCCCAACCAGAUCAUGACUCCUACUCCACGAGUAGCACAGAGGAAGAAGCAGAUCCCACCCCGAUGGGUGUCUUGGUGAAGAGGACACCCACUGUUAUGCUAGAUCGUGCGAAGCACCGGCUAUCCAUGGUGAACUUCUCCACCGUUUUCACAAGCUUCAUGAGUACUGACCGAAAGCUUCAGAAACGGAUUGUGGAGCUUGCUAGAGAUGGGAGCACAUACUUUGGUAAUCUGGUACAGGACUACCGGGCCUUUACGCUGGACACUAUGAAGAGGCAUUCCUCCAGUACAGAGAUGCUCCAAGAGAUCAGACAAAUGAUGACACAGCUCAAGAACUAUCUGAUCCAAAGCACAGAGCUGCAGAAUCUGCAGGAGCUAGCUACUUAUUCUGAGGAGAAAUUGGAGAUAAUCAUUGAGGCAGCACUUUAUAAAAGUGUUUUGAAGCCUUUGAGAGAGGCAAUAUAUAAUGGAUUGAGGGACAUCCACUCCCAUGCAGGCACUCUGAAAAAGCUCAAGGAAAAUCAGCACAUAGUACUGGGCACCACCACCACAGAUUUGGGUGUGACCACUUGUGUUCCUGAUUCACCUGUCAUGGAGAAGAUCCAGGGGAAGUUGGGAAAUUUGCAUCAAGAAUACUCACCUCAGAAGAAGAUCGACCUGCUCCUCAAGACUUGCAAGAUCAUAUAUGAGUCCAUGUCUGUGGGCUGCCCAGGAAAGCCUCAUGGUGCAGACGACUUCCUGCCAGUACUGCUGUACGUACUGGCUCGAUGCAACAUGACUGCACUGCUCCUGGAUGUGGAGUAUAUGAUGGAACUGAUGGACCCUGCGCUACAGCUUGGAGAAGGUUCAUACUAUCUCACCACCACAUAUGGAGCUCUGGAGUAUAUCAAAAACUAUGAUAAGCAGGCAGCUUCCAGGCAGUUGAGUUUGGAAAUCCAAGACUCUAUUCAUCGGUGGGAGCGUCGCCGCACUCUUAAUAAGGCCCGUGCAUCACACUCAUCCAUACAGGAUUUCAUUACGGUUUCUUUCAUGGAGGCAUGUUCUAACACCAAGACACUGGGUGUGGAUCCCAACACCACUGCUCAGGACCUGAGCACACAGUGUGCAGAGAAGUUUGGAGUGCUGGAGCCUGACUCCUACUGUCUGAGUGUGUUAGUGGACGGCCACUACCAACCCCUGACUCCUGAGGAGUUACCACUUGCUAUCAAAUCCAGCCUACACCGCAGUGAGCCACGCAAAGAAUAUUACUUUGUGUAUAAGCAAGGACGCUGGCCAGGACGGGAACCUGACAAAGAAGUACUGGAUACUCCUGAACCAACAGCUGGCCAGGAUAAGAGUUUGAUCUGAAGAAACUACAAAAAAAAAAAGCCAGUAAGCCUCGCAGAUUAAUGCUUUAAACAAUCUCUGAGCUCAUUUUACAGAAAAUGAAACAACCCUGCAAUACUAUCACUGUCAUCAGAUUAACAGAAUGGCAUUAAAGGACUGGUACUUUUAUUGUACUUCCAUCCUGGCAGCAAGUCACCUCCAAAAUUGGACUUUGACCUGUGGCAGGAAUGUAAGAAUGAUUUGGAUUAGUCAUUCCUUGCUUUAAAAUAACUCGAUGUUGAUGAGUAUAACAGAUACAGUCUGCUCUCUGUAUCUGGACUUAAAGGUCAAAACCCCUGGACAAAACAAUCACCACUUGAUUUUGAAACUUUGGCACUGGUUUGAUGAAUUGAGCAGGAAUUCUUCAGGAUCCAGUAAACUGACCUUUUACUAUAAUGGAUACCUGACAAAACCCUUUACCUCGCUGUGGCAAGAUCAUGUUUUCAGACAUUACAAAAGCAUCUUUUUUUUUCCCAGAAAUUGAAUCAGACUUUUAGUCAUCGUUAAAAAUAUUUAUUUUUCAUUGAAAUACCACGUAAACUCAAGCCCAUGUUUGGAUUAUAGCUGACAAACCAGAGGGCACUUUAUUUUUAAUCUUUAUUUUAAAUGUUCUGUUAUUUGCAUGUCAAUUUUAUCUGGUAAUUAAAUUUUCUUAUAUUGGUUCCUCUUAUCAUAUUUCCUCCUGAAUUAUUAUCAGCUGUUCUGGAUAAUAUUUCCAGUUCUAUUAUAAAACACAGGAAUAAUGUUUGUAUGUAUGACUCAGGGGUGAUUAAGUGCAUUUUCAUUAUGUGAUGUGAUGCAUCACAAUGUAAACCAGAGCAAGCAGGGCUGUAUACAUGUCUGUAUACAAUUAAAAUAUCCUUUUCUUGA